AUUUUUUAAAUUAAUAGGUACCACUUGUACCUUUUAGUAUUUCUUUUAACAAAAAAAAAAAAAAAAGAAAAAAAAAUAUUGGGCGAUUAUGAAAUUAGCCAUCGAGUUUGGAACAGUUGGUGUCGUUUUUAUUAUUCGACGGACGACGGUAAUUUGAGAGAAAUCCGAGAUCAAUUCUCUUCUUGAUUACUUUCUUUGGGGAAGGGUCUUACAAAUCGGUCAAUUCAUUUGUUAAAUUCGACCAAGUGUAGAGGAGAAAGCAGAGGAGGAUCAACUAUGGCUUCAGAUUCAUCAAUGGUUCUAGUCGCUCUCUCUUUCGCAACCCUCGCUUUGCUAUUAGCACCUUCACUUCACGCCAAGGGCAUAAAUGAUGAACACCGAGGAAUUGGGCGUAGAGUUUUGCUUAGUUUCAAAGAAACUCCUCGAGGAAGUAACGCUACUUUCGAAUGUUCUCCUUCUGGUCCUUGUGUUCCUUGCCUCUACUCCGAAAAGAAUGACGAAAAAUAUAGGUGCAGUGAGACUGGUUAUCGUAUCCCUCUAAAAUGUAUGGAAACAAGAGAUGGCUCGAAAGUUCCCAAUGAGAAAACUUCUAGGAAGAUUCGAUCGACUUUGGAGAUUUUCCCCAAAAAUCUAGAGUUGCGCACAGUCUUGAAUACUAAGGAAGAUCUAAGUACCAAUUUAAAACAUAGAAGGUUGAUGGCUGAUUCAUCAAGGAAAGAGAGUAGAAACCAAGUUUACAUUACUUACAGAAGCUGUAUACCAUCCGUUAGUGAAGAGAAGUUGUCUAUGCUUGGUUUUGAGGGAAUUAUGUUUUGCUUGAUGCUCCUCAGUGGUUCAGCUGUAUACUUCAGAAAAAGGCGUACAGCUGCCGUUUCUGGAUUUGCCAGGCUCCAAACCAACUCCAGAUAUUAAUAUAUUUUUUUGUUAACUUUUAAUUGCCAUAAUUCAAUUCCUAUUAGUUUCUAUGAUAGAAUCCGAUUUGAAAUUGUUUUGGUUCUUUCUAUACAAAUUAUUUCAUUAGGUGCAAAGACCAAGUGAUGCAAAUUAUAUUUUGCAUAAUCCUGUCUUUUUUUGUACAGCUCUUCUUGUAUAACAGGUAGUGUCCAAUUUUUAAGGGAAAUGCUAAAGUACACUCAUGGUGCCUAGAACAGGUGUAAUAUCUUUAUUGGUGUAACUUAAUAUCAGGUUUCACUUAUUUUACUUUAAUAAAAA